AUGGGGAUCUCCACUGUUAUCUUUGAAAUAUGUCUUUUGUGGGGUCAAAUCCUAUCUACAGCAUCUCAAACAACUGUUCCCACAGAUGGUAACAGUUCCCGCUGUGUCAAUGCAGGUUUGCCUCUGAGGCUGGUGAAUGGCAGUGACCGCUGUCAGGGCCGGGUGGAGGUCCUGUACCAAGGCUUCUGGGGCACCGUGUGUGAUGACAGCUGGGACACCCAGGAUGCAGAUGUCGUCUGUCGACAGCUUGGCUGUGGCCAUUCUGUGUCAGCACCCGGAGGGGCCCGUUUUGGACAGGGCUCAGGGAACAUUCUCAUGGGAGCUGUGCACUGCUCAGGAUGGGAGUCCUACCUGUCCAGCUGUCAACAUGAUGGGUGGUACAACCAUGACUGUGGCCACAGGGAAGACGCUGGAGUCGUGUGCUCAGGUAGUGCUGUUAUGACCUCUAGAUGUUGCACAUAUACUCCUAGGCAACAAACAUGGCCCUCAUGUCUAGGACAGAAAAACCACCAUUUCUUUCCAGGAACAGAUUCUGGUUUGGCUGUGAGGCUGGUGAAUGGAGGAGACAGGUGUCAGGGUCGAGUGGAGAUCCUUUACCAGGGUUCCUGGGGCACUGUGUGUGACGACAGCUGGGACCUCAAUGAUGCCAACGUGGUGUGCAGGCAGCUGGGUUGUGGCAGAGCCGUGUCUGCCCUGGGAAAUGCCUACUUUGGACAGGGUCCAGGGCCCAUUGUCCUGGAUGACGUAGCCUGUGGAGGAUAUGAGGACUAUCUGUGGAGAUGCUCCCACCGAGGCUGGCUCUCUCAUAACUGUGGACACCAGGAGGAUGCUGGAGUCAUUUGUUCAGAUGCUCAAACAAGCAGUCCCACACCUGGCUGGUGGAAUCCAGGAGGGACAAUUAAUGAUGUGUCCUAUCCAAAUGAAGAAACCACAGUGGGAACAGAAUCUGGUUUGGCUGUGAGGCUGGUGAAUGGAGGAGACAGGUGUCGGGGUCGAGUGGANAUCCUUUACCAGGGUUCCUGGGGCACUGUGUGUGAUGACAGCUGGGACNUCAAUGAUGCCAACGUGGUGUGCAGGCAGCUGGGCUGUGGCUGGGCUGUGUAUGCCCCAGGAAAUGCCUACUUUGGACAGGGCUCAGGGCCCAUUGUCCUGGAUGAUGUGGCCUGUGGAGGAUAUGANAACUAUCUGUGGAGCUGCUCCCACCAAGGCUGGCUCUCUCAUAACUGUGGACACCANGAGGAUGCUGGAGUCAUCUGCUCAGAUUCUCAAACAAGCAGUCCCACAACUGGUUAUGGAAAUCCAGGAGGGACAAAUAACGAUGUGUUCUAUCCAAGUGAACAAACCACAGAAGGAACAGAAUCUGGUUUGGCUCUGAGGCUGGUGAAUGGAGGAGACAGGUGUCGGGGUCGAGUGGAGAUCCUUUACCAGGGUUCCUGGGGCACUGUGUGUGAUGACAGCUGGGACACCAAUGAUGCCAACGUGGUAUGCAGGCAGCUGGGCUGUGGCUGGGCCGUGUCUGCCCCGGCAAAUGCCUACUUUGGACAGGGCUCUGGAUCUAUUGUUCUGGAUGAUGUGGCCUGUACAGGACACGAGGCCUAUCUGUGGAGCUGCUCUCACCGAGGCUGGCUCUCUCAUAACUGUGGACACCAUGAGGAUGCUGGAGUCAUCUGUUCAGAUGCCCAAACCCAGAGCACAGUCUGGCCAGAUCCUUGGCUUACUACGACCCCAGAAACUACCACAGAUUUGUUGACUACAACUCCUUAUUACGACUACACCUGUGGAGGUUUCCUGACCCUACCCUCUGGGCAAUUUUCCAGCCCAUACUACCCUUCAAGCUAUCCUAACAAUGCCAGAUGUUUGUGGAAAAUAUUGGUCCCCGGCUUGAACCAUGUGACAGUGGACUUCACAGAUGUGCAGCUGGAAGGAGGCUGCAACUAUGACUAUAUCCUGGUUUAUGAUGGCCCUGAAUACAAUUCUUCUCUCAUUGCUCGGGUGUGUGAUGGGUUCAAUGGAUCUUACACCUCAACUGGAAACUUCAUGUCUGUCGUCUUCAUCACGGAUGGCAGUGUGACGAGGAGAGGGUUCCAGGCUUACUACUACUCCACAGACAGCACAACUCCUCCAGUGCCAAUCCCAACCACAGAUGACUACACUUGUGGAGGUUUCCUGACCCUACCCUCUGGGCAAUUUUCCAGCCCAUACUACCCUUCAAGCUAUCCUAACAAUGCCAGAUGUUCAUGGAAAAUAUUGGUCCCCGGCAUGAGCCAUGUGACAGUGGACUUCACAGAUGUGCAGCUGGAAGGAGGCUGCAACUAUGACUAUAUCCUGGUUUAUGAUGGCCCUGAAUACAAUUCUUCUCUCAUUGCUCGGGUGUGUGAUGGGUUCAAUGGAUCUUACACCUCAACCGGAAACUUCAUGUCUGUAGUCUUCAUCACGGAUGGCAGUGUGACAAGGAGAGGGUUCCAGGCUUACUACUACUCUACAGUUAGCACAAGUCCUCCGUCAUUCCCAAACAUAACUGGAAAUGAUUCUUCAUUGGCGCUGAGGCUGGUAAAUGGAUCAAACCGGUGUGAGGGCCGAGUGGAGAUUUUGUACAGAGGCUCUUGGGGCACCGUGUGCGAUGACAGCUGGGGCAUCAGUGAUGCCAAUGUGGUCUGCAGACAGCUUGGUUGUGGCUCUGCUCUGUCAGCACCAGGAAAUGCUUGGUUCGGUCAGGGCUCAGGGCCCAUUGUCCUGGAUGAUGUGUCUUGCUCGGGGUAUGAGUCUCACCUGUGGAACUGUCCUCACCCUGGCUGGCUUGUCCAUAACUGUCACCAUUUUGAGGAUGCAGGAGUCAUCUGCGCACUCCCUGAGGCGACUUCUCCCAGUCCAGGUUGGUGGACUACAACAAGUCCUUCCUAUGUAAACUAUACUUGUGGAGGCUUCCUGACCCAACCCUCUGGGCAAUUUUCUAGCCCAUUCUACCCUGGGAAUUAUCCUAAUAAUGCCAGAUGUCUGUGGAACAUCGAGGUUCCAAACAACUACCGCGUGACUGUGGCUUUCAGAGAUGUGCAGCUGGAAAGGGGCUGCAGCUAUGAUUAUAUAGAGAUUUUCGAUGGCCCCCACCACAGUUCACCUCUCAUUGCCCGGGUUUGUGAUGGGGCCACGGGCUCUUUCACCUCAACAUCCAACUUCAUGUCAAUUCGCUUCAUCACUGAUCACAGUAUUACUGCAAGAGGGUUCCAGGCUAACUACUACUCAGACGUUGACAAUAACGCCACUAGUCUCCUUUGUCAGUCAAAUCACAUGCAAGCCAGCGUGAGCAGGAGCUACCUUCAGUCCAUGGGCUAUUCUGCCAGGGAUCUUGUCAUUCCUGGUUGGAACUCGAGUUACCACUGUCAGCCCCAGAUAACACAGAGGGAGGUCAUAUUCACAAUUCCCUACACAGGCUGUGGCACUACCAAACAGGCUGACAACGAGACCAUCAACUACUCCAACUUCCUCAAAGCGGCUGUUUCAGAUGGCAUCAUCAAAAGGACAAAGGACCUGCAUAUCCACGUCAGCUGCAAGAUGCUGCAGAACACCUGGAUCAACACCAUGUACAUCACCAACAACACAGUGGAGAUCCAGGAAGUCCAGUAUGGCAAUUUCGAUGUGAACAUUUCCUUCUACACAUCCUCCUCCUUCUUGUACCCAGUGACCAGCAGCCCAUACUAUGUGGAUCUGGACCAGAAUUUGUACCUUCAGGCCGAAGUCCUCCAUUCUGACGCCUCUUUGGCUCUGUUUGUGGACACCUGUGUGGCUUCGCCACAUCCCAAUGACUUCUCAUCUUUGACAUAUGAUCUCAUCCGGAGUGGAUGCAUACGGGAUGAGACCUACCAAGCCUAUGCCUCGCCCUCGCCACGUGUCUCCCGCUUUAAAUUCAGUUCUUUCCACUUCCUGAACCGCUUCCCCUCAGUGUACCUGCAGUGUAAACUGGUGGUAUGUCGAGCAUACGAUACCUCCUCACGGUGCUACAGAGGCUGCGUCCUGAGGUCCAAGAGGGAUGCAGGCUCCUACCAAGAAAAGGUGGAUGUUGUCCUGGGACCCAUACAGUUGCAGUCCUCCAGCAAAGAAAAGAGGAGCCUCGACUUGGCAGUGGAGGGUGUGGAGAAGCCAGCCAGCUCCCAGGCGGUCUAUCCUACUGCAGCCAUCUUUGGCGGAGUCUUCCUGGCCAUGGUCCUAGUUGUGGCAGCCUUCACACUGGGAAGGAGGACACGCAUUGCCCGUGACCAACCUCCAAGUACUAAGUUGUGAAGUGAAACAAUGCAGACAUUGGCUCCACAAGCACAGAUUCCCAGAAAAGAUGGAAGACAUGAGGGUCUAAUGUUUGGCACCCAGAUACACGGCGACUGGGAUUCCCUUAGCACAAAUGCAUAGCCAAGCACAAUGAGAUAGCAAAGAAGAAAGGUGGGGGCCAAGUUUUCCCAGGAUCUACAGACUGAAGGCUGGGAAGGAUGUUGUAGGAGAAUGAGACCAGUGUCUACAAUCACAGGCAACUGUGAGCUGAGCACUGGUGACAGCCAUGAUUUCUCUAGUUAGACUUUCCCUUUACCCCGUGUAUAGCCAACUUUCUCCAACUGUAGUGUCGAUGUCAGCUUUUUCUUACAAUACUGCAAACUAAAUAUAAAUAAUCUUUCUCAUGGCAA